CGCGGCUCCCGGGCUCCGGAGCGGAGCAGCACCGCGAGCUGCACUAGAGGGAGCUGCCGCCGCGCCCGCCGCCCCGAGCGCCGCCUCCCCAGCCCGCGCCGCCGCGAUGGCGGAGGACAGCGAGUCUGCAGCCAGCCAGCAGAGCCUGGAGCUGGACGACCAGGACACGUGCGGCAUAGACGGGGACAAUGAAGAGGAGACUGAGCACACCAAAGGGAGUCCUGGAGGGGAUUUCGGAGCCAAGAAGAAAAAGAAGAAGCAGAAGAGAAAAAAGGAGAAGCCCACCUCUGGAGGGGCCAAGUCCGACUCGGCGUCUGACUCCCAGGAGGCUAAAGCCCAGCCACCUUCCAAGAAUGCCGCCGUUCCCAUGCAGAAGCUGCAGGAUAUGCAGAGAGCCAUGGAGCUGCUGUCCGCGUGCCAGGGCCCGACCCGGAGCACUGAUGAGGCCGCGCAACACAGAUACCAGUUUUGGGACACGCAGCCAGUGCCCAAACUAAAUGAAGUCAUAACGUCCCACGGUGCAAUUGAACCAGAUAAAGACAAUGUCCGUCAGGAGCCGUAUUCCCUGCCCCAGGGUUUCAUGUGGGACACUUUAGACCUGAGUAAUGCCGACGUGCUCAAGGAGCUGUACACGUUGUUAAAUGAGAAUUACGUGGAAGACGAUGACAAUAUGUUCCGCUUUGACUACUCGCCCGAGUUCCUGCUGUGGGCGCUGUGCCCCCCAGGCUGGCUCCUUCAGUGGCACUGUGGGGUCAGAGUGUCUUCAAAUAAAAAACUCGUGGGAUUCAUAAGUGCCAUCCCCGCAAACAUCCGGAUAUAUGACAGUGUGAAGAAGAUGGUAGAAAUCAACUUUCUUUGUGUGCACAAGAAACUGAGGUCCAAACGAGUAGCCCCAGUGUUAAUUCGAGAAAUAACUAGAAGAGUGAAUCUGGAAGGAAUCUUCCAGGCCGUGUAUACCGCUGGGGUAGUUCUUCCUAAGCCGGUGGCCACGUGCAGAUACUGGCAUCGAUCACUAAACCCCAGAAAAUUGGUAGAAGUGAAAUUUUCUCACUUGAGUAGAAAUAUGACUUUACAGAGAACAAUGAAGCUAUACAGACUUCCGGAUGUUACAAAGACUUCAGGUUUGAGACCGAUGGAACCAAAAGAUGUCAAAGCAGUUCGAGAAUUAAUCAACAGCUACCUGAAGCAGUUUCAUCUAGCCCCGGUGAUGGAUGAAGAGGAGGUAGCCCACUGGUUCCUCCCCCGGGAGCAGAUUAUCGACACUUUUGUAGUGGAGAGCUCCAGUGGCAGACUGACAGAUUUCCUGAGCUUCUACACGCUCCCCUCCACGGUGAUGCAGCACCCUGCUCACAAGAGCCUCAAAGCUGCCUACUCCUUCUACAACAUUCACACCGAGACACCCCUGCUGGACCUCAUGAACGACGCACUCAUCAUAGCCAAGCUGAAAGGAUUUGAUGUAUUCAAUGCACUAGAUUUGAUGGAAAAUAAAACAUUCCUGGAAAAACUCAAGUUUGGUAUAGGAGAUGGCAAUUUACAGUAUUACUUGUACAACUGGAGGUGUCCGGGAACAGAGUCUGAAAAGGUUGGACUUGUACUACAAUAAAUGGAUAUUUUUAUUUCUAAAAAUCGGACAUCAUCGUUUCUUAAUAGUCUAUGUAAUGAUACCUGGAAUUGCCAUUCCAAAGAAAAAUAAAAAGCACAACUUUAAGUGAAAUUGAAGUAGUUGGUAACCAUCAGAAAAGAUGAAAAUACUUCCAUAUGUGACCAAUAGUACACAUUCUAGCUAAAUCAUUAAAAUGCACCCCUUAUUCACUGUUUACCCAUUUAUGAGGGAUGAUGGGGUACAGAGCACAUUUCUCUAAUUUUCAAACUUUUGGCUAUUUUGCUGAAGAGAGGGUGUUUUUCCACUCUAGGAAAAUAACCAUUUUUCCUAUGAACUGAAGAAAUAACGCUUGUAAAAGGAAACCUUUGCUAUUAUAUGGAGACAGACUGCUACACUUCUGUUUGAUGGUAUGUUUGUGUAGGAGAAUGAAGGAUCCAUUGGGAAAAUUCUCACUGCUGUCACUUUACCUGCUAUCACUGGGAACACCUAAGCGUGGACUCAACACUUCCAUAACUCAGUGACAAGGCACGGCUGAGUGUGAAAAAAACAUAAAGAUGUACUGGGAACUGGUCCCUUUAUUUCUCCAUAAGCAACACUGCCCAAUCCAUAGACACCCAGACUUGUACUUUGGUCUUGAGCAGGUCAGUGAAUUGUUUGAAAAGCAAAGUUGUGUGCACACGUGAAGCGUGCUCUCUGAAAGAGCAUAUGCCCACGGCCAGACUUUUCUGCUGCCCUACAUCAAGGACAUGGGAGGAAAAGGAAAUAAAGGCUCUAAACUCAAAAGAAACGCCCAGUGGGAUUCGUUAGUGCUAUCAGGACCUUGAUAGUCUGAAUGUUUUUAUUGCUUAUGCAAAAUUGCACAUAUUCCUUUAUGCUGACUCUUAAUUUAUCAUGAAACUGUCAUGCUAAUGGAAAAUGUCUUAUUUGUAAAUAAGUAUUCAUAAUUUUGUUAC